AUGAACAAAACACCUUACCAAAUGUUUUACGAGGAGUUCUAUGAAAAGUUUGUAUCCGGAUGGAAUUGUACAGAGUGCUACAGAAGAUAUAAAGAAUUUGCGAAGGAGAAUGAAUUCUUUGCAUGUAGUUCAAAUGUAUUUGGUGGCAAGAUGAGAGAAUUUGUGAAGAGAAGUAGAAAGCGAGACGGUUCUGCAAGAAGUUAUAUUUACGAAGCAAGUAUGAUAUUAGAAGGUCGUGGAAAGAAAGAAACAGUGAAUUAUGAGGAAGUGCUUGAAAAAUUCAUGGAGUACAUGGGAAGCAAUAUAACAUACAACAAAGACAUAUACAGUGAGUUUAAGUACUACUGUGAACAGCAUGAGAUUGAAGUAAUGAGUAAAGGAGAUUUUGAAACGCUUAUGAAAGACAGUAAGGAGGUCGUUCAUGAGAACAGUGUUGAAAUAGUUCAUGAGAACAGUGAGGAGGUCAUACAUGAGAACAGUGAUGAAAUAGUUCAUGAGAACAGUGAGGAGGUCAUACAUGAGAACAGUGAUGAAAUAGUUCAUGAUGUCGUUCGUGAAGAAGCCAUUGCAACAAAGAAUGAGAUAAAGGAUUUCAUAGAACUUAACAAGGAGGAGUUUAAAGAAGGCUAUGAAGUGAAAAGAUGUGAAGAAGAUUUCUUGGCGUAUUUGAAGAAAAAGAGACUAAAGCCAAUGGCUCAAAAUAAGUUUCAAUCGAUGUUUGAAAAGAAACGUUUGAGCUAUGGUGGUGUAAGAAGCACAUAUUACUUUGUUAAGAAGUGA